AUCAUGAGGCUGCGCAUAUCUGCAAAGAAGAUCAUACACAUUCCGGUUCAGCCGAUCGAGGACGCCAUACCCUUUCCUUUGUUUCAGCUAAGUGCAUCCGGGGACUGUUUCCGACGAGCUACCCAACGUGCUCGACAGUGAUUCCGACGACUAUCUUGCGGACAAGGUCAGUAGCGAUAGAGAGGACCCCAAGGACGAGGCAGUUAUGGAGAUAGCCCAGUACCCUGCCCUCAGGACGGCGGACGCUGACAGCACAGAAGAAGAGCUCAAUUCUCUUCGGCUUGAUGGCUUCGACGUCUACCGGUCAGCCCUAACUCCUCCAAUGACAUCUACGUUCUCGCAGCCCAUGUUUGUUGCUCCUGACGCGCUCGAGAGCUUCAUUUUUGACGAAAACGGUACACUAUUCGUCGGUAGAAUGCGCAAGGUGGCACCUCAGCAUGCUUCUCAACUGCUGCAUUUUCGGGAAGCAGAUUCUGCCACAUUCAAAGUGCCCAAAAAGGGUUGCCAGAUUCGCUGGAGAGGAGCAGUCAAUGACACUCGCAAGAUUCUGUUAGAAAAGGGGCAUUUUGAUC